CGUGAUUGAUUGUUUCCAGUGCAGUCAGUCCUCGCGCUGCUCAGAUCGAGACUGCUCGCGUUUUGAACGCCGAGCCGCUUUCCUGUCGCGCCACGGAACGGGAUAUUUCAACGAGUUUGGGAAUUUAACUAUGACUACGACAUGCCAUCCAAAGAUCACACGAACGUGAGCCCCGGACGAGGAAUUGAGGUGGAUGUUGGAGUGGAUGACUUUUGUGUGAGAAGGCAAGGAAGCGUUGAAUCGAUAAGGCUUGUGCUGCCUCCCUUUCUUUGUUGAGUUCCUUUAAAAGUCCCAGAUUGAAGACUAAUAGUGUGGACCACCACAUCCUUCACUUGCGAGGACCAGCGCAGAUAUGUGGCCUCAGCAGGGGCCGCAAUGCAUUAUUAGCCCAAGGACGGUAAUGCUCCUUGGGCUGCUGACUAUCUGCAUUUCCCCUCACCUUUCUGGAGGAGCACUGGAGCCAUUUAAGUCCUUCUCGCCCCCUGACUGGGGUCUGACACAUUUAGCCAUCCAUAACAAGACAGGAGAUGUGUACGUUGGCGCGGUAAACUGGAUCUACAAGCUCUCUAGCAACUUGACCAAGUUGAGGAGUCAUGAGACUGGUCCGGUAGUGGACAACGAGAAAUGCUAUCCACCUCCAAGUGUACAGUUAUGCCCCCAUGACCUUUACCCAAAUAGUAAUGUGAAUAAGCUGCUGCUAAUAGACUAUCCCCAAAACCGACUCAUUGCUUGUGGAAGCACCUGGCAAGGCGUCUGUCAGUUUCUGCGCCUGGAUGACCUUUUUAAGCUUGGCGAGCCACACCACCGUAAGGAACACUACCUCUCCAGCGUCGCUGAGUCAGGAACCAUGUCCGGCGUCAUCAUCCCUGACGGUCAUAUCAGCAAGCUUUUCAUUGGAACGCCCAUCGAUGGGAAAUCUGAGUACUUCCCAACACUUUCCAGCCGUAAGUUGAUGGCCAAUGAGGAGGAUGCUGACAUAUUCAGCUUUGUCCACCAGGAUGAGUUUGUCUCAUCCCAGCUGAAGAUCCCCUCGGAUACGCUGUCCAAAUUCCCAGCAUUUGACAUUUACUACAUAUACAGCUUUAGCAGUGAAAAGUUUGUCUACUACUUGACCUUGCAGCUGGAUACCCAACUAACUUCUCCUGAUGCCAGCGGGGAACAGUUCUUUACCUCUAAGAUUGUCCGACUCUGUUCUGCUGAUCCCAGGUUCUAUUCCUAUGUGGAAUUCCCAAUUGGAUGCACCAAAGAUGGUGUAGAGUAUCGACUGAUCCAGGACGCCUACUUGAGCAAACCCGGAAAGCAACUUGCUAACUCUUUGGGAGUGUCUGAGCAAGAGGACAUAUUGUUUACAGUCUUCUCCCAAGGCCAGAAGAACCGGGCCAAACCCCCUAAAGAAUCAGCACUCUGCCUGUUCACGCUAACCAGAAUAAAGGAGAAGAUCAAGGAAAGGAUUCAGUCGUGCUAUAGAGGAGAGGGCAAGCUGUCUUUGCCCUGGUUACUCAACAAGGAGCUACCAUGCAUCAACUCGCCUCUCCAGAUUGACGAUGAUUUCUGCGGGCAGGAUUUUAACCAGCCUCUAGGGGGCACCAGCACUAUCGAGGGCAUUCCGCUCUUCAUAGACAAAGAUGAUGGAAUGACUUCGGUAGCUGCUUACGAUUAUCGCAGCAACACAGUGGUUUUUGCUGGAACACGCAACGGCCGAAUGAAGAAGAUUCUGAUUAAUUCGGUGAGUCCGUCCAGACCGGCGCUGGUGUACGAGAAUGUCCCGGUGAGCGAGGGCAGUCCAGUGCUACGGGACAUGCUGUUCAGCCCCGACCUCCAGUUCAUCUACACGCUCACCGACAAAAAGGUGACGCGUGUGCCGGUGGAGAGCUGCUCUCAGUACACAAACUGCUCCGAGUGUCUGAGCUCCAAAGAUCCUCACUGCGGCUGGUGUGUCCUUCACAACAUUUGUUCUCGCCGUGAUCGCUGUGAGAGAGCAGAUGAACCCCAGAGAUUCGCUUCCAGAGUGGAUCAGUGUGUGGAGCUGACGGUCCAGCCCAACAACAUCUCUGUCACCAUGGCCGAAGUCCAGCUGGUCCUUCAGGCCCGCAACGUUCCGGAUCUUUCCGCAGGAGUGGAUUGCUCCUUCGAGAAUUACACAGAGACCGAGGGAACAAUACACGGAUCACGAAUCUACUGCCUCUCGCCGUCAGCCAAAGAGCUUGUCCCCAUCACACGCCAACACAGAGACACUCAUGUGGUGAAGCUCUACUUGAAAUCGAGGGAAACGGGACAGAAAUUUGCCAGUGUGGAUUUCACCUUCUACAACUGCAGCAUCCACAGAUCGUGCUUGUCCUGUGUGAACGGCUCAUUCCCGUGUCACUGGUGUAAAUACAGACAUUUGUGCACACAGAACGCCAAUGACUGCUCCUUCCAGGAGGGACGUGUGAACAUGUCAGAGGAUUGUCCUCAGAUUCUGCCGUCCACACAGAUUUAUGUUCCUGUCGGCGUCCCGAAGCCCAUCACGCUGUCGGCCCGGAACCUUCCGCAGCCUCAGUCCGGUCAGAGGAACUACGAGUGCAUCUUCCACAUCCAGGGAGAGACGUACAGUGUGACGGCGCUGCGCUUCAACAGCUCCAGCAUCCAGUGUCAGAAAACCACAUAUAACUAUGAAGGAAGUGACAUCAGCGAUCUCCCUGUUGAUCUGUCUGUGGUGUGGAAUGGAAACUUUAUCAUCGACAACCCUUACAACAUACAAGCGCACCUGUAUAAGUGUUAUGCGUUGAGGGAGAGCUGUGGUUUGUGUCUGAAGGCCGACCCCAGCUUUGAGUGCGGCUGGUGCGUUCAGGACAGGAAGUGCUCUCUGCGGCAGGAAUGUGCCCAGCCGGAGAACACGUGGAUGCACGCCACUGCCGGCAACAGCCGCUGCACGCACCCGCGCAUCACCAAGUUGUUUCCUGAGACCGGUCCACGGCAGGGCGGAACCAGACUGACCAUCACCGGAGAGAAUUUGGGCCUUCAGUUCAAAGACAUCCAGAACGGAGUGCGGAUCGGGAAAGUGGCCUGUCAGCCCGUCGAGGAGGAAUACGUCAGCGCUGAGCAGAUUGUGUGUCGUUUGGCCGAUGCCACAGGUUACCGUGUGCAGGAAGCUCAGGUGGAAGUGUGUGUCCGAGACUGUCUGCCGGAGUACAGGGCCGUGUCUCCUAAAGCUUUCACGUUUGUGUCGCCGUACUUCACGCGGGUGCUGCCGUCAUACGGUCCGAUCUCCGGAGGAACGAGAAUCACCAUUCACGGCAGCCAUCUGAAUGCGGGCAGUGCCGUCUCCAUCAAGAUCGGACUCAACACCUGCCGCUUCGAGAGGCGAAGCGCCCGUGAGAUCGUGUGUGUGACUCCGGCGGGUUUGGGUACAGGCGGGACCCCAGUGAUGGUGGACAUAAAUGCAGCCGAGCUCAGAAACCCGGAGGUGAAGUUCAACUACACGGACGACCCCACCAUCCUGAAGAUCGAGCCUGACUGGAGCAUCGCCAGUGGUGGAACCCCGUUAACGGUCACCGGCAGCAACCUCGCCACCGUCAGAGAGCCGAAGAUGAGAGCCAAAUACGGCAACAUCAGUUCUGUCAACAACUGCACUGUGCUAAAUAACACCGUGAUGGUGUGUCUGGUGCCGUCCGUGGCCGGCUCUGAAAGAGGCUUCUCAGAGGUGGGCAGCGGGCCGGAUGAGAUCGGAUUCAUCAUGGAUAACGUUCAGACACUCUUGGUGGUGAACGAGACCUUCAGUUUCUAUCCCGAUCCUGUUAUUGAACCCUUCGGUCCGUCCAUGCAGGAGCUCAAACCCGGUUCUCCUCUGAUACUGAAGGGCAAGAAUCUGAUUCCUUCAGCUGCUGGUAACUACAGGUUGAACUACACCGUUCUGAUUAGUGACAAACCGUGUGUGUUGACCGUGUCAGAGACGCAGCUGCUGUGUGAAUGGCCGGACCUCACCGGCCAACAUAAAGUCACCGUCCUGGCUGGAGGUUUCCGCUACUCUCCAGGAACUCUGCAGAUCUACUCCGACAGCCUGCUGACACUUCCCGCCAUAAUCGGGAUCGGGGGAGGAGGAGGCCUUCUUCUCCUUGUCAUCAUCAUCAUCCUCAUCGCCUACAAGCGCAAAUCCCGUGACGCAGAUCGAACGCUCAAACGGCUGCAGCUACAGAUGCACAACCUGGAGUCCAGAGUCGCCCUGGAGUGCAAAGAGGCGUUUGCGGAGCUACAGACUGAUAUCCAUGAGUUGACUCAGGAUCUGGAUGGAGCUGGAAUUCCGUUCCUGGAUUACCGCACUUAUGCCAUGAGAGUGCUUUUCCCUGGAAUAGAGGACCAUCCGGUGUUGAAGGAGAUGGAGGUGCCGGCGAAUGUGGAGAAGGCUUUGACUCUGUUCGGGCAGCUCUUGAAUAAGAAGCACUUCCUGCUGACGUUUAUCCGGACGCUAGAGGCUCAGCGCUCAUUCUCCAUGCGUGACCGUGGGAACGUGGCAUCUCUCAUCAUGAGCGCCUUGCAGGGCGAGAUGGAGUACGCCACCGGCGUCCUGAAACAGCUGCUGUCUGACCUCAUCGACAAGAACCUGGAGAGCAAGAACCACCCCAAACUCCUGCUGCGAAGGACUGAAUCUGUGGCUGAGAAGAUGCUAACAAACUGGUUUACUUUCCUCCUCUACAAGUUUCUUAAGGAGUGUGCAGGUGAGCCCCUCUUCAUGCUGUAUUGUGCUAUAAAGCAGCAGAUGGAAAAAGGGCCCAUAGACGCCAUCACCGGAGAGGCCAGAUACUCCCUCAGUGAAGACAAACUCAUCCGACAACAGAUCGACUACAAAACACUGACGCUGCACUGCAUUAACCCAGAGAAUGAGAACGGCGCAGAGGUCACCGUUAAAUGCCUGAACUGCGACACCAUCACACAGGUCAAAGAGAAACUGCUGGACGCCGUGUUUAAAGGCACUCCGUACUCGCAGCGGCCGAAAGUCGGAGACAUGGACCUCGAGUGGCGGCAGGGUCGCAUGGCUCGUAUCAUUCUCCAGGACGAGGACGUCACCACUAAGAUCGACAACGACUGGAAACGUCUCAACACACUGGCACACUAUCAGGUAACAGAUGGGUCAGCAAUCGCAUUGGUCCCUAAGCAAAACUCCGCCUACAACAUCUCAAACUCCUCGACGUUCACCAAAUCCCUCAGCAGAUACGAGAGCAUGCUGAGAACUGCCAGCAGUCCCGACAGCCUUCGCUCGCGGACGCCCAUGAUCACGCCAGACCUGGAGAGCGGAACCAAACUCUGGCACCUGGUGAAGAACCACGACCACAUGGACCAGAGGGAGGGCGACCGCGGCAGCAAGAUGGUGUCCGAGAUCUACCUGACGCGCCUGCUGGCUACCAAGGGUACACUGCAGAAGUUUGUAGAUGACCUGUUUGAGACCAUCUUCAGUACGGCCCACCGGGGCAGCGCACUUCCUCUGGCCAUCAAAUACAUGUUCGACUUCUUAGACGAGCAGGCCGACAGACACGUGAUAUCAGAUCCCGACGUCAGGCACACGUGGAAGAGCAACUGUUUGCCGCUGAGGUUCUGGGUGAACGUGAUCAAGAACCCUCAGUUUGUGUUCGACAUUCAUAAGAACAGCAUUACAGACGCGUGUCUGUCCGUAGUGGCUCAGACCUUCAUGGACUCCUGCUCCACGUCAGAACACAAGCUGGGCAAAGACUCACCCUCCAACAAGCUGCUCUACGCUAAAGACAUCCCUAACUACAAGAACUGGGUGGAGAGGUAUUACUCUGAUAUCUCUCGGAUGCCUGCGAUCAGCGAUCAGGAUAUGAGCGCGUAUCUGGCUGAACAAUCGCGUCUCCAUUUAAGUCAGUUCAACAGCAUGAGUGCGCUGCACGAAAUCUUCUCCUAUAUCACCAAAUACAAGGACGAGAUCCUGUCGGCUCUAGAGCGGGAUGAACAGUCCCGCCGCCAGAGAUUGAGGUCUAAACUGGAGCAGGUGAUUGACACGAUGGCUCUUUCCAGCUGAUCGGGACUCUCAAAGUCAGUUGGUGUGUUUUUACACGGACAAAACCACAAUGCUGAAUGUAGGUGGUGUAGAUUUUUUGCGUUGUUUUUGGAUGAUUUGUUGAGUGCGGUGGAUGUUUUCACACAACACGGACAAAGACGCUCUUUCCUGUUUUGAAGAGACAAUGAGGACGUUUAGGACCUCUAAUGAAGUCAUGUGACUGUGUCACGAGCCAAUGAUCGCGGCGGAUCAAAGGACACUGAUUGCGUGUUUACAAUGUUUUAUUAUUUUGUACAAAUUUUAUCGACUGCCCCUCUCCGCUCUCUUUGCCACUUGUGUUUCUGCUGAAUUUGCACAGUUUACAGAAUCAACGAGCAACUGCCUCCAUCUCCAUGUACACAACGUUGGGCAAACGCAACGGUGCGUCUGUUUUAUUCUUUACAUACAGUAGUGUUGACGAAGGUGAAUUUGACAUUACACAAUGACAAAAAGAAGGAAAAAAAUUACAAAAAUAUGAAUAAAAAUCUUGUCUUGUGCCAUGUUUUAUUUGAAUGUUGUUUAAUGCUGAAAAAGGUUUGUGAAGUAGGAAUGUGCUCUGAUUGUUUUACAAUGAAAAAAAUUAUGACAGGAGAGAUAAUUCUUCCAAAAAUGACACAUUUUUUUAUUUUGACUGAACUGCAAAGCUUUAAUUACUAUUUCAUCAGAUGCUACAGGACGGGCUCUUGAUUUUAGACACCAAACAAACUCACUUUUCGUACACGUGUACUCAUUACACUCGAUCAUCCUGGUCUUUCAGCAUCUUCUGAAAAAAUCACUACAUUUACUGAGACUGAGCUGAAAUAAAUGAGUGAAAAUGAGGCCGAGUGAAUUGUUUCAGAUCCAUGAGUCAGUGUUUCUGCGGCAUGUCGAUACGGAGGGAGGAGACGCUCGUUCAUCAGGCCUUCAGCCUCCGUGAUCAGAAAAGAGAAAUGGCCUUUUGUCUUUAAUGAGACGGACCUGAGCAAUCCUGAUUGAUUUAGACUGAUCAAUCGCUCUGGUUUCAUCGAACACUUUAAGAGACGACUGCAUGUUUGUCCAACUAUUUGAAGAGCUGCUUUUGUUUUGAUACGUUUGUUUCCUCUUGAACAUGAGAUCCAUCGUUCAUGGGAGAAUGUUUUAUUGUUUAUGGCUUCAUAACGCAGUAAAGUGGUAUGAGCAGGUAUGAAAUGUGGUGAAAUAUUGUUCUAGAUUCUCUAUUAUCUUUACUCAAUCUUCCAUGUUCUUGAUGAGUCUCUUCUGAAGAUUUUUUGGCCAGUUUCUCAUAUUAAAGACCCCAUGAGAUCAACAUGUCUAUUAGAUUUAAAAUUUGCUGUUUCUUUUCCAGGAAAUCAGACCAAAUACAUUGGUCCGAUAUAUUUGGUCUGAUUCCUUUUCCAGGAAAUCAGACCAAAUAUAUCGGAUAUAUUGGCAACUUUUCCUCAAUAACAUGCAACUAAAAUGGCUAAGUAAAAGCUAAAGGCCUGUUCACACCAAGAACGAUAACUACAUUAGCAUCCACACCAAUGGACAAUAACAUUGUUCAUUCCAAGCUUGCACUUCUGAUAUGUUCUGUAAAUAAAACCUUUAAAUGGGAAGGAUUUUGAUUGGCUGUCAAUGUUUUUAAUCAUUCAUGAGCUGGAAAAAUAAAUUGCUCAAAGUGAUUCCAAUUAUAUAUGUCCUCUGAGCCGUUACACUCUGCUAAAAUUUUAUGAUUAAAGUUAUCAUUCUUGGUGUGAACAAACCUCAAAUCCAGUUUAUUAUCUUGGUUGUAACUAAAGUAAUCUGCUCGCUCUGAUAGUGAUGUCAAAGCCAGGUCGUCAAAAAGCAGAAAAAUAGGAUUUAUCUUAACACUUUUGUUUAAACUUUAACUUUUUUCCCUGCUCGACUGGUUUAUUUUGACAUUAAAAUCUGCUCUAUAUAAUCUUCUUGCAAUAACCUUGUGCUGUCAGUAGGAUGGUGCAUGUCGGCACUUUGCUCCACUGAUCCUGUAUCACACAGACUCACUCACAGUUGAAUUCGACUGACUGAAGUUGUGUUGAUGUUUUUGGUCAGUGUAACUGCAGUGGAUGGGCCGUUGACCUCCUAAUCAGUCUAGUUUGAUUUCACAUGCUUUAAAAUGAGUUCAAAACAUCUCAGGAUCUUCCUUCCACUCUUGAGUUUGUCAUUUCUUGACCAGAGAACUGCUGUGGUCAGUUUGCUGGACUCACUGAUGAUGAUCUGAACGUUUGGCUUGCGGUUCUUCCCAGGGACUUUCAAUGUUUACACCUGUAUUUCAAAUCACAUGUAAAAAAAAAAAAAAAAAAAAAAAAAAAUUCACAUUGUGUUUUAAUUUAUUUAUAUUUUGAUCCUGUCAUUGUGUUUCUUAGAUUGAAAUGUGUCUAAACUGGUGCUUCUCAAGUGUUCUCUGCUCUUCUUUUAUAUGUUCCUGUAAUGGCUUCUACACUUUUCAUGAAUCUGCUCUUUAACUCAAGAUCUCCAUGAAGGUCCACCUUGAUAACAUGCAAUAAUACUGCAGCACAGAUAUAGAAACUCUAACCUCAUCCCUCCUUUGCUUCAUUUCUUUCCAGUAAUUUCUAAAAAAUGAAGUAUCUUUCCUUCAGACCUGAACAAAAUACAGAGAUGAAGCAAAAUGGUUUGUGUUGUUGGUGAAACUAAAAUAACAAAAGACCUUUGAACAAUUAUGCUUCAGGACUCAGACUGUCACUGGUAUCGAUUCAUGUGUAAUUUUGUUUUUGUUUUGUUUUUUUGUUUUUGCAGAUUUACUACUUGUAAAUAAACAGGCAUUAAGGAGAGAUUAAACAUGUUUUUGCUAAAAAGA